AUGUUUCAAGCAGGUAGAACACCACAACAGCUCUUCACUUACCUAAAAUACCGAAUAUUGCAGACCGGCAGAACAACUUACUUCGAGCUAGAGGGUAUACCUCCUGACACAGGCCAACUGGUGGCACGGAGCCUCGCUGAAGAUGGCGAGGUCGAACGAAGAAGUCCCACUUUGAGAUACUACUUAGAAGCGCAUUUGCAGGGGAUUUUCACGUCCAAUGAGAGUCGGCAUGUUAAUCUUGGUGGGAAUUCCGGGUUUUAUGGAAGCUUCGUCUCGCCUUGGGCAGAUAGCUAUAAGGAGCCGGAUACGUACAUAAUGAACUACGAAUCUCUAUCCCCGUUACCCACAGUGGUCAUCGAAUCCGGUUAUGCAGAGAGUACGGCAAGGUUGUAUGCCGACAGAGAUCUGUGGCUACAGGGAGGGGCACUACAUGUGAAUGUGGUAAUACUGAUCAAAUGGAACAAGCGCGUCGACAAUCAUAUAGAUGGUUGGAUCGAGUUGCAUCGCCGAGGAGGUAGUGAUGUACCUGAGCGCUUUGAACACCCUUCCAACAUCAUCUCAUCCUAUUCAGGAGCGACCUAUACCCCGGAGGUAUUGUGCCAGCUGGUCGAAACGCUAACGACACCUGGUUGUGGAGCUUAG